GUAAAGCGUUAAAUCCAAACCCAAAAUUCAGCAACUCCCUCCAAAAACACAAAAAAGCCCCGCGCAGCUUUGCCCUUGUUUCAGAAUUUCAGAAACAAGCAGGAGUCGACGUAAUCUCAACUGCUCGUAAAGACCAAAACCUUGCCGGAAAACCCUGCCGGACUUGAUCUUCGUCGGAAGAAACACCGCCACAAACCGCCACAAACUCCAGUGAAAGGGUGAAAUGGAACCACAAUCACAAAAGAUUUCAGGAGGAGCAGAAACACUUAAACAUAUGGCUCCCGGAUCGUCGGUUUCUAUUGCAUAUCACCCCAAUUUUGGACCUCAUGAUGAUCUUAUCAUUUUAGAGCUGGAUGAGAAACUGGUACCAGAUGUUUUGAAUGAAAGGAUGGUCUUAAGAGGACAGCCUGAUGAAGAUGCAGUUCUUUGUACUCGAUCAAAAACAUAUGCUAUGAAGUUUGUUGGAACUUCGAAUUCUGUUUUGCUUGUACCACCGGCAGAUAAAUCAGAAUCAUAUGAAAAUCUACAGACAAAUGAUAGUAAUAAUAGUGACGAGAAAGUUGUUGCAAAUGUAAUAAAAGUUGUACCUGGUAAUAUGGAGCUUAUUGAGGUUUCACCCAGACUUGAUAAACUUAGAUUGCUUCUAUCGGAGAACACUUACAGAUUUGAUGAGAAUGACAUGGAAACUUUACAAGAUAAUCAGGAAUCUAGAACAGGAUUAUAUAGCUGGGAUGAUCUUAUAGAUAAUAUUCAAGCUAGUGACGAAGAAUUAAGGUUUGGAUUGCAGGCUCUUUCCGCUGUGGAGAUUAAUGGGUAUUGGAGAUUAGUUGAUGAGAGUUACAUGGACAUGAUUCUGGGAAUGCUUUUGAAAAAUGUAGUAUUGAAUGAUUGGUCACUCAAUGCUCUAAAUGAAGAUGAAGUCGUGAAUAUGCUGGAAUCAGACGGAUUUCCGUUGGUACUUGCAAGGCAUUGCUUGCAUGUAUAUGGCAAGCAAGUAAAAGAAAACGAUUGCAUGGAAAGCUGUUUGUGGAAGUUGGAUGAAAAGCGAGUAUGCAUACACUUUGCAAGAGAAAUCCUGAAAGGAGGUAAGAGGAAGUUAGAGAGUUUUAUGGAUGAAUGGAGGAACAAGACUCCAGAUGAAAUGCAUCCCACUUUUGAUCUUAUGGAAGGAGAGGUAUUGACAGAGAAAAUUGGAGUUGAGACAUGGGUCCGUGCCUUCCGUGUGUCUUCUUUGCCUUCCACUCCAGCUGAACGUUUCUCCAUUCUUUUCAGAGAGCGUGCGAAAUGGGAUUGGAAAGAUCUGCAGCCCUAUAUCAGGGAUCUGAAUGUACCUGGUCUUUCUGCAGAAGGUAUACUACUCAAAUACACUCGAAAGACGCAACCAUCGCCUAAUGAAGAUCCAGUUUUCAGUGCAAGAUAGAUAGUAUGUGCUGAUGCAUUCUUCACAGUCCUUAUCGCCUCCCCCCCCCCCCCCCCUCACUCUAAAUUGACUGUAAGUUUGUAACCAUAGUACUCAGCUCACAGAGAAAAAUUUAGGGUCAUAUUUUUAUUUCUUCUGUUUUCAUUUAGAUAUGUAAUAUCUAAAUCUGUAACCAUAGUACACUGCUUCGAAAUUUAGGACAUGAUUAGCAGCAAUGUUCACUCUAGAGUUGUAGACCUUGUCUUUCUUUACUUAUUUCAAAAUUAUGGAUUGCUUCUAAAAUGUUGAUCUACCAAAGUUCUGAGACUCAAAAAUGAAAUCUACAUAUUACUCUUAUGUAAAGCUAUAUGCUUUUGUGACAGACUUAAUUGCUUGGUUCGCUGCAUGAUAAACAGAGAAUCUUUGCUAGUAAA